AUUAAUUGAGAUGAGCCUGGAGUUUGGUGACAUCUUGCGGUGUGACGGGCGAACAACAAGCAGCUGUCACGCGCUUAUUCCCAGCGUCGGUGUUGCUGCAGCAUCAGAGCCGAAUCAGACCAGACCCUAUCAGAUCCAGGUCCGACCUUCAUCUGGGUAUGUCCAUCUGGUUUAUGACACCGAGGGCAGACGGCGAGUGAGCCCGCACUGAGGGACGCGGCAGGCGGCCAUGCGCACGGCGUUUCCCUGACGACCUCCAUCCACGUCCAGCGAACUCCAGCUGAAUUCUGCGGAGUCGGUUCAUUCAGGGAGGAAGAGGAGGAGGAGGAGAGGAGCACUGCAGCAGACAUGCCGGGCCUGCCUCUCAUCACACUCAUCGCUCUUCUGAGUGGCUGUGAUGCCUUCAGACUGGGCUUAUCACAGCGCAUCAUACCACUCAGUCCUCCAGGGGGCGCACUGAGCCAGGAUGAAAGUCCAGUCCUUCCUCGCUUCAUUCAGGAACUUGUCAGAAUCAAACGCCACUCGGUCCAGGAGUUAGUGCGAGCCCAGCCUAAUUUGGUGCAUGACAUGGGCUGGCCGAAGAUUCAGGAAAUAUCCCGCUCCCUGGGUCAGAUGGACGCAGCAAACUCCUCUCAAAUCACCCCACAAUCCUCUGCCUCCACUGGUCAGAGUGAAGCCAGGCCUCCUGCUGCUGUGGAUGAAGAAGAUGACAUGGAGCAUAUGGUCCACUUGGCAUCUACCAUGGAUGCAGAGCAUUACCGGGGACAACCAGAUGUCAACCACCCAGAGACAGAGCUCUUGGGUGGGCCAGGAGCUGGCGAAACCUCCCAGGAGGCUUCAGGCUUUUACAGAACAGACAUGGAGGACAGAGACAGAGGAGAGGAGGGAGCAGAGGACAGAGAGAGACGCGGAGGAGAGGAUGAGUGGGAGAGAGACACAGGAGAGGACAGAGAGUGGAGAGGGGGACGUGGCAGAGGUGAGAAGGAACAGGUGGACGGUGGUACUGCUGCAGAGAUCGACCAUCUAACACCAGACCUGGAUACUCUGAUUGGCUACAGUCCAUCCCUCCAUCCCUCUAGCUCCGUGCAGCCCAUCCUCUCCUCACCAGCUGAGCUGCAUGACUCUGGGCAACAGGAGCAUCGUGCAACCCCAGUCCUGGAGAUUGGCCCUUCAGAAAGAGAGCUGUUGGAGGUUGAGGGGGAGGAGGACGUUCAGUCCAGUGGCUACGAAGUACCUCACUCCUCCGUCACUACAUCAAGUGCAACAUCUGCUGCAACUUCCACUUCUCCUCCCACUGCUGCUGCGGCUGGAGGAGAUGAUGUAGGAACUGCCACACCUGAGACUGACACAGGCACAGACUUUGGGCUGUUGGGAAGUUUUACUAAAGAGGAGACAGAGGAGGAGGAGACAGAGAGGGAAGAGGAACACGAUGGUGUAUUUAGACAGAAUCCCACUGUACCAGAGGUUGGCAUGGCUCCGAGCAGAGAGCCUCUGCAGCCCAGCGUUGAGGAAGAGGACGCGCUAGAGCAGGAAGAGCAUGAAAUGAAAAGCGACGUGGAGGAGGAGGAGAAAUGGAAAACGACAGAGAGCGAAGGAACAAGAACCAGACACAUUAUCCCGCUCACCACAGAUCCCUCACCGACCAUCAGCUUCACCGACCUCUCCUGGGAUUGGCUGGAAAAGACCACCCCCGUGCAGUCCCAGAGGUCAGAGGUCAGGGACACAGAGGAGACGAAGGAGGCACAGCAGGUUGUAUGUAUCGACUGGAAAGAGCUGGUUGGACGAGGAUAUGUCAUCCUCAACAUGACGCAAAACCUCAACUGUGAAGAGUUUCGUGCCAACCAGGGCGUACGGUUGUUGAAGAUCAUGGAGAGAGUGUUUGCUCGGAGGAUGAAUAGCCCCGAGGGAUCAUGGGUACUUUACCUCAGCAAGCCCACACACCAGCAACACCAGCUGCUGAUGAACGUGGCAUCUGAACGCGGAGUCAUAGCUACAAGCGACGUACUUGACAUGUUGGGGGAGAUCAGGAAAAAUCUGAAUAAGGUGGGCAUCCAGAACUACAGCUCGACCAGUCGCUGUCAGUCUCAGCCCAGUCAAACACGCAGCGACUACGGGAAGCUGUUUGUGGUUCUGGUGAUCAUCGGCUCCUUCUGCAUGGCCAUCAUCACGUCUGGAUUCAUAUACAUCUGCUGGCAAAGACGACUGCCUGCAACUAAGACUACGUUCCGUGCUGAGGAGCUUCACUUUGUGGAGAAUGGUUGCCAUGACAACCCCAUGCUGGACGUGACCAACGACAGUCAGCCUGAGAUGCAGGAGAAGAAGCCAAGUACCAAUGGGCUCACUGGGGCAGGAGACAGGAGCGGAGAGGACAGCAGUCGCUGGCAGGUGUUUGUCAAUCAAGCAGCGACCGAAGAGGAAGAAGAGGAGCAGGACACACACCUCUGAUGGACGAAGAGUAAAAGGAGACAGGUUAUGAAGGAUGGGCAUCUUUGAUAGAUGUGGAGCCUAGAGAGAUGAAGAAAAGGACGAUGAAGACAAGAGAAAGCAGAAUGUCUUUGAAAGAAAGGAGCGACAGAAGAAGUAGUCGAUGGAAAACUUUACAGCCUCAGUGAUAGAUGUGUUGUUCAGGAGUCACUGAUAUCAUCACAGAGAUGAGACACAGAUGUGUCCAUCAUGUACAUGAUUAACUCACUAAUCUGAAAGAUGACGACCACUUGAAAAUGUUAUCAAAGGCGGACUUCAGAUCUCGACCACUGGUUAGAUAAUGUCACAUCACAUAGAAACACCUCUGUUUAGUGUGCCUUAUGCUUUUAGCUCAUAGCAAUGUGAAUGCAUGAGACAAUUUACACAAAACUAGUGACUAAUCGCAGUGUAAAAGCACCUUUUUUUCCACCUUCAAUGCUUGAAUGUAAAGAAGUUUUUAUUUUUGGGUCACAUGCCAAAUCAUCAACAGAGACAAAUCUGGAAUAUUUAUGCGAGUUGAAUGCACAUACAAUGUUAUUAUUAUUAUUGAUGAUGAUGAUGAUAAUAAUAAUAAUAAUGAUAAGAAGAAGAAUACUAGAAGAGUCUGUAUAUUUUGAUACACUGACGCUUUGUUCAGAAUAGCAUUGGAAAGUCCAUCUACUCAAGUACUGUACUUGAGUAAAAGUUUUAAUACAUUUAAUUAAUAUAUAUAUAUACUGUAUAUAUAUAUAUUUCUUCUGCUAUAUAACUAGAGUGAAUAACAUUUCAGAGGAAUAUAGUACUCCACAUUUUGUCCGACAUCUGUAGUUAAAGUAAUAUUUUCAAUACAAAACCUAUGAUGACCCUAAAUAUAUGAUAAUGAAUGAUCAGUGGUUUUGAACCAGCGUCUAGCUUUGGUGACAGCAGUGACUCCUCUCAGCUCUGAACAGGAAAUACUGUCUGUAGCAACUUUGAAAAGUAAGGUUAUGGCACUUUAAUCGAUUUCUCUUGGAAAUAGUGACGAUCAUUGUCUAAAUGCUGCAUCAUGUUAAAUGUAUUACAUAAAGUGAUUGAAAUAUCUCUAUUUUGCUUAUAGGAAUGGUUGUACCUGCUGAGGAUGUCCACUGUAACAUCUUCAAAAAGUUGUCUUUAAUAUACAUAUGUGCUGUUAGCUAAAUGCUUUUUUAAUAGUCUUGGAAUGGCUGCUUGAUGCUCCUGGCUAAAACAAUACAUGAGCAACAUUCAGAGGUCAAAAGCAUGAAGUGUUGAAGUCAACACAGUGUUCAAGUCGACCCAUAACAUUUAAGCAUUCAACAUUAAAGUCGGUGUCUUUAGUGACGGGACCCAGUCUCUAAGGACUUAUCUGAAUCCCUAAGCUCAUGUAAACAUCACUAGUCAAAUGUCUGAAUCACCAUUCCAUCUGUUUUACUGUAGUCUAUCUGGCACGAGUCUCAACAUGUCCAGUUAUGAAUAAGACAAAAAAAAAAUCACAUCCGAGUUAAUAUGGUUACGUAAAAAAAAAAAAAGUCAUUAAAGACAUGCCCAAAUUUGUGAUAAUGCCCAGUCAUGUACAAGUAUAAUGACUGUAAGUCGCCACAGUCUUAUUCAAGUCACUACAGUUCAUCACUCUAGUUCCUUCCGUGGGGAUUCUGAUGUAACUGAUAUCCAGGUCCCAGCCACCACAAAGUGUUCAAGUAACUUAAGUCAUGACAAACUCAAAUCUUUAUUUGUAAUUUAUCAGCCACACAACGUUAUACUGAUGUACAGUAUAUUAUACUAAUGUCCAAAGCUGUGAGUAUAUACAAUCGUCACCACUACAGUCUUGUCAGUAUCUCAAGGGUCAUGGUCUAAUUUCCGCAGUGAUGUCCAAGUCACUAUUAUAAUAAUCAACUGGAAUGGAAACAGACAUUUGCCAAAAGUCCAUCACUGUUUUUCCUAUUUGUUUUAUUUUCCGACUUUAAUGAUUUAAUCAUAGCAGCCUUAAGUCACGGUUCCUGAUAAAACUGUUCAUUUGCAUUUCAUUAAGAUGUUAACUGUGUUUUUGCUCUUUUACGCUGACUUUUCUUGAUGUAACAAUACUGUAUAUGGCUUCACAAUAAACUACGCUGAUUUAUA